AAACAUACAACAACAAAUAAGUUAUUGUUUAUAACAAAAAACUGUUUUUUUUUUACUACUUUUUUUGUUAACAAAAAAGUAGCUUUUUUUAAAAAAACUCGGCGUGUUGUAUAAAAAUAAACUUUUCGUCUUAAUUCCUGUCAGCUGAGUUUGCAGUUAUUGUUUGGAAAAACACGGAUUACUAAAGUUUUUCCCAUCUCUGAAGUCGUCAGCCAAGUGUCAUUCAUCAGAUUCCCAAAAGUUCCCUCUUAACUUCCUAACCCCCCUAAAAACAAAAAAAAAAACUCUCUAAAUUAAUCAAAAUGCAUUGGAUUAAAUUAUUAUUAAGCGCUUUUGUUGCUUUAACUCUAAUUAUUCAGGAGGUCAACACAUCCGGUUUAUUUGAAUUACGUUUAAAAUAUUUCAAAAACGAUUACGGUCGCGAUAGUGAGGGUCACUGUUGUAGUGGCCAAACGGAUACGGCGACGGGCAGAUGUAUUGGUGGUUGUAAAACACGGUUUCGGGUCUGUUUAAAACAUUAUCAAGCGAAAAUCGAUACAACAUCACAGUGCACGUAUGGUGAUGUUGUAACACCCAUAUUGGGUGAAAAUUCCGUUAAUCUAACCGAUACACAAACUUUACAAAAUAAAGAUUUUUCCAAUCCCAUACAAUUUGCCUUCAAUUUUGCAUGGCCGGGUACUUUUACUUUAAUCGUGGAGGCUUUACAUGAUACCAACAAUGAUUCAAAUGCUCGUUCUAGCAAUUUGUUGAUACAACGUUUAUCGGUGCAACAAGUUUUGGAAGUAUCACCCGAAUGGAAAACAAAUAAAUCUGAAUCACAAUACACUUGGUUGGAAUAUGAUUUUCGUGUUACUUGUGAUCCUCAUUAUUAUGGUGCGGGUUGUGCUAAUCUCUGUCGGCCACGUGAUGAUCAAUUUGGUCAUUAUACUUGUUCGGAAACGGGAGAGAUUAUUUGCUUGUCCGGUUGGCAAGGAGAUUAUUGUGAUAAACCCAAAUGUGCCAAAGGUUGUGAACAUGGUCAUUGUGAUAAACCCAAUCAAUGCAUUUGUCAAGCCGGCUGGAAAGGUCCUCUCUGCAAUGAAUGUGAAGCCUAUCCCGGUUGUGUACAUGGAACAUGUUCCAAACCUUGGGAAUGCAUUUGCAACGAAGGUUGGGGUGGUCUAUUCUGUAAUCAAGAUCUAAACUACUGCACCAAUCAUCGUCCCUGUCAAAAUGGUGGUACCUGUUUCAAUACCGGCCAAGGACUCUAUACCUGCAUGUGUCCUCCCGGUUUUAAUGGUCCCGAUUGUCAAAACGAAAUCAAUUCUUGCAGUGAAGAAAAUCCCUGUCAAAAUUCCGGCACCUGUAUUGAGGAUUCUUCGAAACGUGGCUAUAAGUGUGAGUGUAAGAAAGGCUGGUCGGGUCGUUUGUGUGAGGAUAAGGUUAUCACUUGUGCCGAUAAACCCUGCGUACAUGGUUCCUGUCGCGAUUCCACUAAAGGUUUUCAGUGUGAGUGUCCUAAUGGCUAUAGCGGUAAUAUGUGUGAAAUCCAUGUUGAUACCUGUGCACCCAAUCCGUGUCAGAAUAAGGGUACCUGUUUGGUCUCCUCGAAUGGUUCACCCAAAUGUCAAUGUCCCAGUGGUUUUACCGGUGCUUUGUGUGAGGAAAAUAUUGAUGAUUGUCAAGGUAAUCCCUGUGAAAAUGGUGGCACCUGUAUAGAUUUGGUUAAUAAAUUCAGAUGUCAAUGUGUACCCGGUUUCUUUGGUUCUUUGUGCUCGGACAAAGUGGACUUGUGUUUAACUAAACCCUGUGCUAAUGGUGGUACCUGUACCAAUCUCAAUAAUGACUAUCAAUGUGCCUGUCGUGCUGGUUUCACUGGUAAAGAUUGUUCGGUGGAUAUAGAUGAGUGCAGUUCGGGUCCCUGUCAUAAUGGUGGUACUUGUGUUAAUCGUGUCAAUAGCUUCCAUUGUGUGUGUGCUAAUGGCUUUAGGGGUCAACAAUGUGAUGAAGAAUCUUACUCGUCGGCCACUUUUGAUGCACGACAAUAUGAGGCUACUACUCAGGCUAGAAGUGAUGGUUUAACUAGUGGCCAGGUGGUAUUGAUUGCCAUACUUUCGGUAGCCAUGCCUUUGGUGGCGGUUAUAGCUGCUUGUGUAGUCUUCUGCAUGAAACGUAAACGCAAGCGUGCCCAAGAAAAGGAUGAUGCUGAGGCUCGUAAACAAAAUGAACAAAAUGCUGUGGCCACAUUACAUCACAAUUCAGCUGGUUUAUCUAGUGUAGCUGUAGGCGCUUUGGGAGUUAAACGUGGUUCUAGUUCGGGUCUUACCUUUGAUAACUCUAAUCCGAAUAUCAUUAAAAACACCUGGGAUAAAUCUGUCAACAAUAUUGCCAGUUCCGGUUCUACUGAUGAAUGUCUGAUGAAUACUUCACUCUAUGGCGGUGCUUUAUCCAAUUAUGCAGCCGACAACAAUGCCAAUUCCGAAUUCUGUGGCGUGGGACAAAUACAGCCAUUACAAAGAGCCAAAUCACAAAAACAACUUAAUACCGAUCCCUCUCUCAUGCAUCGUGCCUCCCAAUUGAUGGGAGCUGUUGGAGGCGGUUCACACAAUAGCGCUUCUCAUGCACCUACCAAAGAUUACGGAGCCAGCUCAUCGAAUACAGAGAAUAGCAAACGUAUCUCUGUGCUGGGCGAAAGUGCUUACUGUUCCCAAAGGUGGCCUUCGUUAGCGGCCCAGGGUGUGGCCGGUGGCUGUGGUUCCUCUAGCAGUGCGGCGGUAUCGUCAACGGCCCAAAGAUCUAUAGUUUGUGGCACUCCUCAUAUAUAGAAGAAAGCCUAUGCAGCAAAUAACACUCAUUUAUUUAGGAACAAAUUUUAGGUGUAAAGUUAAAGUAAAACAAAAA